CUUGGGCCUGACCCAAAAUAGUUGAUGUUUGAGCAUGAUACUUUCGACUUUUGGGAUUGGGACCCGAAAGCCUCGGAGGCCCAUUUCACCAUUAACGGGUAUAAACCUAAUAAAAACCUAGACGCAUCCAGUAUUUGUCAUCAGUUGCCUCCUUCAUUGUUCAUUCUCUCGCAACUCCACUUCAGGGAAAGCAAAAACCUUCGCAUUUCAAAAAUGCCUUUCAAGAGGUACGUGGAGAUCGGAAGGGUAGCUCUUGUCAACUAUGGCAAUGACUACGGCCGACUUGUUGUCAUUGUUGAUGUUCUCGACCAAAACAGAGUUCUAGUAGAUGCUCCUGAUAUGGUCAGAGGACAAAUGAACUUGAAAAGGCUUUCUUUGACUGAUAUCAAGGUUGAGAUUGAGAAGUCGCCAAAUAAGAAAACCCUGGUUGAAGCUAUGGAGACUGCUGAUGUUAAGAACAAGUGGGAGAACUGCUCUUGGGGUAGGAAGCUGAUUGUUCAGAAGCGAAGAGCAGCUCUAAAUGACUUCGACAGAUUCAAGAUCAUGACUGCCAAGAUUAAGAAAAGUGGCGCAGUGAAGCAGGAGCUUGCUAAGUUGAAGAAACAGCUUUCAUAAGAUGUUAGGGUUCAGUAAUUUGUUUUACUCUGUUUUGAUAUUCAAGGUUUAGAAAUUCGAGUGACUUUAUUUUGUGAACAAGCUACCUAAUAGCAUGGGGUUUUUAUAUCUACUGUCUUGGUUUUGUACCAAUAUUUUUGUGCAUGAGAAAUUAAUCUAGCAAUCUGCUGUGUGGUGGUUUUUUUUUUGUUAUGUGCUACGGAUACUUUUAAGUCUCAACCUCUAAUAUUCUAUGUUUAGCUUCUAGUUGUGAAA